AUGAAUAAAGAUACAGAAAUAGAAAUGAAUAAAGACGUGGGAAAGAAUAAGGGCAAUGAUCGGUUUCCAAGGAUAGUAUUGUUCAUCAUCCUGACAGAGUUUUGUGAGCGUAUGUCUUAUUCUGGAAUGAGAGCGUUUUUGACGUUAUAUCUGCGAAGUAAACUUGGUUACACAGACGAUGGAGCUACCGAAACAUACCACGUGUUCAGUACGUUUGUUUAUGUAUUUCCAAUAGUGGGCGGUAUAGUUGCUGACAAUUACUUGGGCAAAUAUAGGACUAUCUUAUACAUGAUGUUUGUAUACGCCGCCGGCAAUCUUUUGGUCGCAAUUACUGCAAUUCCUCAAUUAGGGUUACCCGCCAGGCUCUGUACGUUAAUUGGUCUUUUCAUGAUAACAAUAGGGACAGGAGGAAUUAAACCCUGUGUGACCUCUUUCGGUGGAGAUCAAUUCAAAUUGCCCGAACAAGAAAACCUAUUGGCUGUGUACUUCAGCGUCUUAUACUUCAUCGUGUGUGCUGGGAGCUUAUUGGCUAAAACUGUAUCUCCUAUAUUGAGAUCUGAGGUUCACUGUUUUGGGGAUAAAGAUUGCUACUCUUUGGCAUUUGGUGCGCCAGGUCUCGUCAUUUUAAUGUCUGUGGUGAUUUUCGUUAGUGCAAAAAGCCGUUAUGUUAUAAAACAACCAGAGGGCAACGUGGUGCUGGAUUUUAUAAGAUGUAUUUCAUUGGGCAUAAAAAAUGUGAUGACUGGCAAAGGACAACGGGAGAAAAACACCCAUUGGCUCAAUACAACCGAAAAUCAGUUCGAUAAGCGGUUCAUUAGGGAUAUCAAGAAGACAUUAUCGGUGCUGACACUUUUUUCAGUGCUACCAGUGUUCUGGUCGCUAUUAGAUCAAAUGGGUUCCCGUUGGACCCUGCAAGCCACAAAGAUGGACGGCAGGUUGGGUUUCAUCACCAUCAAGCCUGAUCAGAUGCAAGUUCUGUGCCCAAUUGUUAUACUUAUAAUAAUACCUUUAGCACAAAAGUACAUCUAUCCUUAUUUGGAAAAAAGAAACAUUCUUAGUAACCCGCUACAUAAGUUAUCACUGGGUAUGGUGUUAGCAGCGAUUGCAUUCAUAGUGGCUGGUGCCGUGGAAAUUUACAUCAGUACGACUUACCCACAACUUCCGAAACCAGGACACACUCAAAUGAGAAUCUUCAACGGAAAUAACUGUUCUGUAACAAUACAUAGUACAUCUCUAAACAUUAGUCAUAUAAUAGCACCUCUUACAAAAUAUACAAACAAAGAUAUAAAACUUACUAAGUCCGAAUAUAAAAUAUUUGAUAUAAGCGGUAGUUGUGUGCAAAAAAGAAGAGCAUCUCUGUUGCUGGAAGAAAAUCAAGCUAUCUCAUUCUUUUUGGAUGGGGAGCAAGUGAGACGUUUCACUGAUAAUGUGUACAAGAGUAGAUCCGGCUUGCCUGUUGUAAGGUUUCUUAAAACCCAUAGAACGCUGCCCAAUAUUACUUUGAUAAAGGGCAAUAUGGUGGAGGCGCACAUCGACUCUACGGUAUCGUCGCAGGCAGAAGUAUUUGCUGGGAGUUACGAUUUGAUAGCGGAUGGAAGAGUGAUCGCGACCGGCCUGGAAAUGUUAAGUGGGGGAGUCUACACACUUCUUGUUGAUUACGACGGUAAAGAUUAUAGAACCAAUCUUGUCGUGACGACAGCUGCCAACUCUGUAACAAUGAUACUCCUCCUCCCACAAUUUCUCAUUAUAUCCACAGCCGAAGUAUUAUUUGCGGUAACCGGUAACGAGUUUGCGUUCAAAGAGGCUCCGGAGAGCAUGAAAGCAGUGAUGACCGCGUCAUGGCUGCUCACCGAGGCAGCUGGAAACGUCAUCAUCAUCGUCGUAACCCGUCUCAUGAGCGGUUACCGGCAGGAAACACAAUUUUUCUUCUUCACAUGCCUCAUGUUAGUGUCUUUGGUCGUAUUUCAAUAUCUGUGCAAAGGAUAUCAAUUCGGGCAUAGCGUAGAAGAUCAACCGAAGAAAGAACGAAGGAGCAAUAGUGAGAUUUUGUAUAUGCAAGUCAGACAAGCAGAAGAUUGUUUAGAUCAUUAA